GUUAUAGAUCAAAGAUUACAAUGUUCUCUUCAUCGAUAAUCCUGUUGGUACUGGCUUUAGUAACGCUGAAAACAUAUCCGCAUUCGCAACGACAAACGCUCAAAUCGCGAGCGAUCUUUUAGAAUGCAUUCGAGGAUUCUACAAGCAAUUACCGAAAUUUAAGCCUGUUCCAACAUAUAUCACCACUGAAUCAUAUGGUGGAAAAAUGGGCGCGGAAUUUGCGCUUGUCUGGGAUCGAGCUCAAAAGGCUGGCACUAUUGAAAGUAAUCUAAAGGGGGUUGCACUUGGGGACGCUUGGAUUUCUCCUAUCGACUCUACAAUAACAUGGGCGCCAUAUCUACUCAGCACGGGUAUGGUUGAUACGGAAGGUUUUAAAGAAAUUGAUGCUGCGGCAAACGAGACAAGAGAUAAAAUAGAAACAGGCCAAUGGCGAGAGGCAACUAACUAUUGGGCUUAUACGCAAACUAUCGUUUUAGAAAAAACUUACAACGUUGACUUCUACAAUAUUUUGACAAAACAGAAAUGGAACUAUUAUCAUUCAUCGCCACAGAAUAUAUUGUCCUUUGAUGGAGACGCUAUAUAUCGAUAUUUUAUUCCACUUUGGUCUCAGUCACUUGAUAGUUUGAUGAAUGGCCCAGUAAAAAAAGCGCUCGGUCUUAACGUCACUCAUGGCAUCCAAUCUAGCACAGUUUUCGACUGCUUAACAGAAGAUUUUAUGAAGCCUGUUAUUAAUAUAGUGGAACAAUUACUUAAUGAAACUCACUUGAACAUAUUCGUAUACAAUGGACAAUUGGACUUAAUUGUCGAUACACCGGGCACCCUUCUUUGGGUCGAAAAACUAAAAUGGAAAGGCGGUAACACCUGGAAAAGCUCGGUGAGGCAGCCGCUCGUCUCUGAAGAGAUCAUCGAGGGCUUUUUGAAAACUUAUGAUAAAUUCUGGAUGUACUGGGUGAACAGAGCCGGACAUAUGGUUCCGAAAGACAAUCCAGCAGCUAUGGAAGUAAUAUUACAGAACCUGACAAGCAAUGCAAACAACUAAACGAAAGCAAAAACUAAUUUUUGUAUUUAUAAAUAUAAAAACUAAAUGUGUAAUUUAGGUGAUGGUA